AUGACUUAAGAAUGCCUUUAAUGCUCAGCUUAUUGUUAAAGUUGCUUUAACUAGAGUGAAAAUUCAUGCAUUGAUUGUAAACAACCUUAUUUUAAAAGCUCGCUUAAUAGUUCUACUUGUGUGUAAAGUUGCUAAAAUGGUGAAAUUUAUUUAAAAAAUAAGUAAUGCAUCAAGUGUAAUGUACAAGGUUGUAAAUUAUGUGAUCAAAAUUAAAUAUGUCUUAAAUGUGAGGCAAACUUAAGUUUAGACAUUUCAUUAAAUGAAUGCAUUAUUAAAAAUAAUAUUUGCAAAUAAUAAUAGUUUAUUUCAGCUCCAUUCACUUAAAAUGAAUGCUUCAACAGUUGCCCUUCAUCCUAUUAUCAAAAUUUCUAAACUUAAAUAUGUGAAAAAAUGUUAUAAUGCAUACAAAUCGAUAAUAGUUUGAUGUCACUUGAAGAUAGGGUAUUAUAGAUUGAGUAUAUUAGCAAUAACUAAUAUUUAGUUAGAGCUAACUAAUGCAAUUUUGCUCUUGUAAAUCAAGAUUGGAACAUAAUCAAUUUGCAAAUUUUAUAAAAUUAGUAAGAUUACAAAAGUUAAUAUAUGGUAGCAGGCCAAGAAUAGUUUCAAAAGAGCUUUAUUAUUAGAUAAUAUGGAGGUUGUACUGCAGGAAAUACUCUCAUUCUUAUGAACUUUACUAAUUUAUAAACCUUAUUUAUAUAGACAGAGGAGGGGUAAAAUUAAAGUGCUAAUAAAUAAUAAAAUAAUUUUUGA